UGUUCGACUUCCUGGUAGGAUUUGUCCGUGGACCGUAACACUGCAAGAAAUAUGGCUUAUUAUCAAGCAAUAUUUUUUCCAUCUCGGAAUACCAUUUGGAAAUUAUAAGAGCUAUCUUGCACGAACAAACGGCGGAGAGGCGGGGUAGCAGUCACGAGUAGUGUUACCACUCUCGUCGCACUACGCACCACUUGCUCUCUGCUGGUUUCCACUGUGCUAGCUAGUUAGCUCACAGAGUAAAUAUUAGCUAGCAAAGCUACCCUGUUCACUGUUGAUUGAUAAAAUGGCCACCAUGGAGAAACUGAUGAAGGCCUUUGAGUCUCUAAAGUCAUUUCAGCAGCAGCAGGGGCCACCAACCGCAGAGGAGCUUGUUCAGAGACAGAAAAAGGAACAGGCUGCCACAAAGAAGGACAGAGUCACCCACUGCUUGACAAUAUGUGAAAACAUCGUGGCUCAGUCUUUGAGAACCUCCCCGGAAUUCCAGAAACUGCUGGGCAUUGCCAUGGAAAUGUUCCUGCUCUGUAGUGAUGACAGUGAAUCUGAUGUUCGGAUGGUAGCUGAUGAGUGCCUAAACAAGAUAAUCAAAGCACUGAUGGACUCUAACCUUCCUAGACUGCAGCUAGAGCUAUACAAAGAAAUUAAAAAGAAUGGUGCCUCCCGGAGUCUUAGGGCGGCUUUGUGGAGGUUUGCUGAACUUGCCCAUCUCAUCAGACCACAAAAAUGCAGACCUUACCUGGUCAACCUGUUGCCAUGCCUCAGUAGAAUUACAAAGAGGCAGGAGGAGACAGUACAGGAGACACUGGCCGCUGCAAUACCAAAGAUCAUGUCAGCCCUGGGACACUUUGCCAAUGAUGGCGAGGUCAAGGUGCUGCUGAAGUCAUUUGUUGCUAACCUGAAAUCCAGUUCCCCCACCAUCAGACGGACAGCUGCUAGCUCAGCAGUCAGUGUGUGCCAACACUCCAGACGUGCAAGCUACUUCUACACCUGGCUUCUUAAUGUGCUUCUGGGUCUGCUUGUUCCAGUGGAUGAGGAGCGCCCCAGCCAUCUAAUUCUGGGGGUGUUGUUAACCCUGCGUUAUCUGAUGCCUUUGCUGCAGCAACAAGUCAAUACAGCCAGCCUCAAAGGAAGCUUUGGAGUCAUGAGGAAGGAAGCUGAUGUGCAGCCAACACCUGAACAACUUCUUCAGGUUUACGAACUGACCCUGCACUACACACAGCAUUGGGAUCACAAUGUGGUCACAGCAGCUCUGGAGCUCUUGCAGCAGAUGUUCAGGACUCCCUCACCAGAGCUUUUGCACAUGCUCAUUACCCCAGGCAGCAUUUCACAUGCCACUGUUUUUCGCCAGGACAUUGAGAGUCGUGCACGCUCUGGCAGCAUCCUUGAGCUCAUUGCGGGAGGGUCCUCCUGCAGUCCACUCCUACUCAGGAAACAGAGAGGUAAAAUGCUUUCUGGAGAAGAGGAUGGAUUGGAAGAUGAUACAGAGAAAACAGAGGUCACUACUGGUGCCUUCACAGCAUCAGUUGUUGGUGCCGACAGCUCUUCUGCAGUGCAGGUUGACAUUAUCACUGAGCAGCCACGCUCCCAGCAUACCCUGCAGCCUGGCGACUCAGUGGACCUCAGUGCAUCCUCUGAGCAGGGAGGUGGGACAUCUGCAUCAGACACUCCUGAAUCACCCAAUGACAAUGAGGAGGAAAUACUGAGUCGGAGCUCCAGUGGUGGGGCCAACAUCACUCCAGAGACAGCUGACUAUACAACACCAGAAAAUGCUACCCCUGAGGGAGGGCCCUUAGGAGCUGGCGGCACUUUGCUGGGUACUAACGACCGAUCACUUCCACCAAGUGACUCCUCCCAGACCACCACAGAGGGACCAGAUUCAGCUGUCACUCCUUCAGAUGUUGCAGAACUGGUAUUGGAUGGCAGUGAAAGCCAGUACUCUGGAAUGCAGAUUGGAACACUACAGGAUGAAGAAGAUGAAGGAGUAGCACCUUCCUCCCAAGAAGAACCAUCAGAACCAUUCCUGCAGUCAGCACUGGCUCUCAGCAAGCCUCAUCUCUUUGAAGGCAGAGGGCACAACAGACAGGGUUCAGACAGCAGUGUGGAUCGCCUCAUAUUAAAGGAUGAACCUGCAGAACCUGAACCUGACAACAAGCCUUCACGUAUAAAGGGUCCAAUUGGGCAUUAUACAGACCUGAGAGUGGAGCCAUUGGUGCACUGUGUACGACUUCUUGCUGCUUCCUUCUUGCUGACAGGACAAAAAAAUGGUCUGACUCCUGACAAGGAGGUGCGUGUGAGCGUAAAGGCUCUGGCUGUCAGCUGUGUUGGGGCAGCAGUGGCACUGCAUCCAGAAGCCUUCUUUAAUUCCCUAUAUCUGGAGCCGCUGGACGGCAUUCCAGAGGAAGAGCAACAGUUUGUCAGUGACAUUCUGGGCUUCAUUGACCAUGGGGACCCCCAGAUCAGAGGGGCUACAGCUAUCCUCUGUGCAGCCAUAGUUCAGGCAGCUCUCACCAAAACUCGUUUCAAUAUACACUCCUGGCUGGCCAGUGUGCAUAGAGCAACAGGAAACCCUUUGUCUUUGAUGGACUUGGUGCCUUUGCUCCAGAAAACCCUUAAAGAUGAAUCCUCCGUCACCUGCAAGAUGGCCUGCUCUGCAGUCAGGCAAUGUAUCAUGACAAUGUGUAGCAGUACUCUGAGUGAGCUUGGUCUGCAGUUGGUGAUAGACCUACUUGCUCUGAGGGACUCUGCAUAUUGGCUUGUCCGCACUGAGCUCUUGGAGACCCUGGCUGAGAUGGACUUUCGGUUGCUAAAUUUCUUGGAAAGGAAAACGGAUACUUUACACAAAGGGGAUCAUCACUUCACUGGGCGGUUGAGGCUUCAGGAACGAGUCUUAAAUGAUGUGGUCAUCCAUUUGUUGGGAGAUGAUGACCCAAGAGUCCGGCACGUGGCAGCCUCUGCUGUCAGCAGGCUGGUUCCAAGGUUGUUCUUUGACUGUGACCAGGGUCAAGUAGAUCCAGUGGUGGCUAUUGCACGGGACCAAAGUUCAGUCUACCUGCAACUGCUUAUGCAUGAGACUCAACCCCCUUCCCAGUUGACAGUUAGCACAAUCACAAGGACAUACAGAGGCUUCAAUUUGUCCAACAGUGUGGCUGAUGUCACAUUGGAGAACAACUUGUCCAGAGUUGUUACUGCCGUCUCCCAUGCUUUUACCUCCUCAACCUCAAGAGCUCUUACUUUUGGCUGCUGUGAGGCACUGAGCCUCUUGACUUUAAACUUUCCAGUCUGCAGCUGGAGCACAGGCUGGCACUGUGGCUAUGUUAACUCCAGUAGCAGUUUUUCAUCUCGCUCUAGUCUCACGCGCAGCAGAGGAAGAGCUCUCAGCAGUGUGCCAGCCUUGUCAACCACAGUUCCAUCUGCUGCAGACACUGAGCGAAGAACUCUAACAGUUGGAAUGGCCAACAUGGCCCUCUCCCUACUGUCUUCUGCCUGGUUUCCAUUAGAUCUCUCUGCACACCAGGAUGCACUUAUUCUUUCCGGCAAUCUGCUUGCUGCUGUGGCUCUUAAAUGCAUGCGCAACCCCUGGGCUGGAGAGGACGAAGGCAGCAGUGGUGGCACGAAUGCCAGUGGGGGCCCAAAUAAGAUGGAGGAACCCUGGGCAGGGCUGUCAGAGCGCUCCUUGGUAGUCAUGGUGGAACAGCUCUUUUCCCACCUACUGAAGGUCCUCAACAUCUGUGCCCAUGUGCUGGAUGACACACCACCUGGACCAGCUGUCAAGGCCACCCUUCCCUCCCUGAGCAACACUCCCUCCCUCAGUCCCAUUCGGAGAAAGGGCAAGGAGAAGGAGACUGCUGAGCCUAGCGCUGCCCCCAUGAGCCCAAAGAAAAGCAAUGAAGUCAACACAGGCAGACCAGCAGACAACACUGGAUCAACCGCUGUAAACAAAUCAACCACUCUUGGUAACUUCUACCACCUGCCACCCUACCUCAAGCUGUAUGAUGUCCUCAAAGCUACUCAUGCCAAUUUCAAGGUAACACUGGACCUCCACAAUACCCAGGAGAAGUUUGGGAGUUUCUUGCGUUCUGCUUUAGAUGUUUUAUCUCAGCUCCUUGAGCUGGCUACAUUACAUGACAUCAGCAAGUGUGUUGAGGAAAUCUUGGGCUACCUCAAGUCCUGUUUCUCAAGAGAACCAACAAUGGCGACAGUUUGUGUACAACAGCUGUUGAAGACUCUGUUUGGCACCAACUUGGCUUCCCAGUAUGAGGGUGUCCUAAGUGGACCAAACCGAUCCCAGGGCAAGGCUCUCCGUCUAGGUUCAUCCAGCCUGCGACCAGGCCUCUACCACUACUGCUUCAUGGCACCUUACACUCACUUCACUCAGGCUCUUGCUGAUGCAAGUCUGCGCAACAUGGUGCAGGCUGAACAGGAGCAAGACACCUCUGGAUGGUUUGAUGUAAUGCAAAAAGCUUCAAACCAGCUUCGGUCCAAUAUUGCAAAUGCAACACGCCACAGAGGAGACAAGAAUGCCAUCCACAAUCACAUUCGCCUGUUUGAGCCACUGGUGAUCAAAGCUUUGAAGCAGUACACCACUAGCACCUCUGUGACCCUGCAGAGACAGGUACUGGACCUGCUUGCCCAGCUUGUGCAGCUCAGAGUUAACUACUGCCUGCUGGACUCAGAUCAGGUGUUCAUAGGGUUUGUUCUGAAGCAGUUUGAGUACAUUGAAGUAGGGCAGUUCAGGGAUUCGGAGGCCAUCAUUCCCAACAUAUUUUUCUUCCUGGUGCUGCUGUCUUAUGAGCGUUACCAUUCUAAGCAGAUUAUCAGCAUCCCCAAGAUUAUCCAGCUAUGUGAUGGCAUUAUGGCGAGUGGCAGGAAGGCUGUUACACAUGCCAUCCCGGCUUUGCAGCCAAUUGUGCACGACCUGUUUGUUUUGAGGGGCUCAAACAAAGCAGAUGCAGGCAAAGAGCUUGAAACACAGAAAGAAGUGGUGGUCUCCAUGCUGCUUAGGCUUGUACAAUACCAUCAGGUGUUGGAGAUGUUUAUCCUUGUGCUGCAGCAGUGUCACAAAGAGAAUGAAGACAAGUGGAAGCGAUUGUCCAGGCAGAUUGCUGAUGUGAUACUUCCAAUGAUUGCUAAGCAGCAGAUGCACCUGGACUCUCCAGAGGCAUUGGGAGUGUUAAACACUCUGUUUGAGACAGUGGCCCCCUCCUCUCUGAGACCUGUGGACAUGCUGCUCAAGAGUAUGUUCACUACCCCAGCCAACAUGUCAUCAGUAGCUACAGUCCAACUAUGGGUGUCCGGUAUCCUGGCAGUGCUCAGAGUACUCAUCUCCCAGUCCACUGAGGACAUUGUCCUGUCCCGGAUCCAUGAACUUUCCCUCUCACCACAUCUCCUCUCUUGCCACACUAUCCGUCUGCUCCAUCAGCAGAGUCCAUGCCCAAACGAACAACCCGCUACUGAUAUGCUCUGUAACCAGGAGCCUAAUGGUGAGGCACAAAAAGCCCCACCCGAAGAAACAUUUGCCAGAUUCCUUCUCCAGCUGGUAGGAGUGUUGCUGGAUGAUAUUGCCUCCAGACAAGUUAAAGUGGACAUCACAGAGCAGCAGCACACCUUUUAUUGCCAGCAGCUGGGUACACUACUUAUGUGUCUCAUACAUGUCUUCAAAAGUGGAAUGUUUCGCAGAAUCACAGCUGCAGCCAGCCGUCUCCUAAAAGGUGAGAGUGGAGGUGGACAGCCUAGCACUGAGGGCAGCCUUUUUUAUCCUUUAGAGGGUCUCAACAGUAUGGUGCAGUGCUUGAUCACCACCCACCCCUCCCUGGUUCUGCUGUGGUGCCAGGUCCUCCUCAUCAUCAACUACACUAACUACUCUUGGUGGGCAGAGGUGCACCAGACACCGAGGAGACAUAGCCUGUCACGUACAAAGCUGCUAAGCCCUCACUCCUCAGGGGAAGGUGAAGAGAACAAGCCUGAGACUCGUUCAGCCAUGGUCAACAGAGAGAUUGUCUGCAGGGGAGCCCUCAUCCUCUUCUGUGACUAUGUGUGUCAGAAUCUCCAUGAUUCAGAACAUCUGACCUGGCUGAUUGUUAACCACGUGCGUGACCUCAUCAACCUUUCUCAUGAGCCUCCAGUGCAGGAUUUCAUCAGUGCUGUGCACCGCAACUCAGCUGCCAGUGGCCUUUUUAUUCAGGCAAUCCAGUCCCGCUGUGACAACCUCACCACUCCCACCAUGUUAAAAAAGACGCUGCAGUGUUUGGAAGGCAUCCACCUGAGUCAGUCUGGCUCUCUGCUGAUGUUGUAUGUUGACAAGCUGCUAAGUACACCAUUCAGGGUUCUGGCUAGAAUGGUGGAUACAUUGGCAUGUCGCAGAGUGGAGAUGCUGCUGGCUGAGACCUUGCAGAACAGUAUAGCUCAGCUCCCUGUGGAAGAACUGGACAGAAUCCAGGAAUACCUCCAGACCAGUGGAUUGGCUCAAAGGCAUCAGAGGUUCUACUCCCUGCUGGACAGGUUCAGAGCCACUGUUACAGACACCAGAAGCCCAACACCUCCUGUCACAUCACAUCCGCUGGAUGGAGAUCCACCACCUGCCCCUGAACUGAUCAUUGCAGAUAAGGAGUGGUAUGUUGCUCUCGUGAGGUCUCAGUGUUGCCUUCGUGGAGAUGUUGCCCUAUUGGAGACGACAGAACUCCUUACCAAACUACCUCCCACAGAUCUCUUAAGCAUCAUGAGCUGUAAGGAGUUCAACCUAAGCCUGCUGUGUCCAAGUCUGAGUAUUGGGUUGCAGCGGUUAGCCAGGGGUCAGGGGUCACUCUUGUUUGAGACCGCCUUGCAGUCCACCCUGGAGCAUCUUACAGCAGUCACUGGAUCAGUUCCUGCCCCACACCAGCCCUUACUGCCACCCUCCAAGCCACAGCCCUACUGGGAGCAACUAGCUGAUGUGUAUGGUGAGCCAGGUUUCUACACAAGGGUUUUGUCCCUCUGCCGAGCUCUGUCCCAAUACCUACUGAGUGUAAGCCAGCUGCCUUCCUCACUACAAAUCCCUUCUGAAAAGGAGCACCUUAUCACCACUUUCACCUGCACUGCUACUGAGGUUAUUGUAUGGCAACUCCUCCGAGAUCAGCUGCCCCUCAGUGUGGACCUUCAGUGGGCUCUGUCCUGCCUUUGUCUGGCUCUUCAGCAGCCAUGCGUCUGGAACAAACUCUCCUCCCUUGAGUACAGAACACACACCUGCUCUCUUAUCUACUGUCUACGUCUUAUCAUUGUUGCAGUGGCUGUGAGUCCUGGUGAUCAGCUUCUUUAUCCAGAGAAGAAAAAGGUGAAGGCAGAGAAAGAUGCUGAAGAUGACCAAGUGGACUCUGCAAAUGCUGACAACAUGUUACAGUGGCAAGCAUGUGAAGUCAUGGCAGAGUUGGUGGAAGGUCUGCAGAGCAUCCUUGCUCUAUGUCACAAUAGAAAUGCUGCAUUCCCUGCCUUUCUCACACCAACAUUGCGCAGUAUUGUCAUCAGUCUUUCCCGACUUCCUCUGGUCAACAGCUACACCCGAGUACCUCCACUGGUCUGGAAACUAGGCUGGUCCCCUCAGCCAGGAGGUGAGUUUGGCACAAUGCUGCCUGAGAUACCUGUGGACUUCCUGCAGGAAAAGGAUGUCUUCAGAGAGUUCCUUUACCGCAUCAACACAUUGGGCUGGAGCAGCAGGACUCAGUUUGAAGAAACGUGGGCCACUCUGUUGGGGGUGCUGGUCACCCAACCUAUUACUAUGGACCAGGAGGAGGAGACACAGCAUGAAGAGGACUUCGAGCGUACCCAGUUAAAUGUGUUAGCAGUGCAGGCCAUCACCGGCCUGGUACUGAGUGCCAUGACCCUGCCUACAGCUGGUAACCCUGCGGUCAGCUGUCUGGAACAGCAGCCCCGCAACAAAAGCCUGAAAGCCCUAGAGACAAGGUUUGGAAGGAAACUUGCAGUAAUCAGGGGUGAGGUGGAAAGAGAGAUUCAGGCCCUUGUAUCAAAGAGAGACAAUGUCCAUACACACCACCCAUACCACGCCUGGGACCCUGUACCCUCACUGUCGUCAGCCUCAGCUGCUGGCACAUUGAUCAGCCAUGAGAAGUUGCUGCUGCAGAUUAAUACUGAGAGGGAGAUGGGCAACAUGGACUACAAACUGGGACAAGUUUCUAUACAUUCAGUGUGGCUAGGGAACAACAUCACUCCACUGAGAGAGGAAGAAUGGGGUGAGGAUGAAGAAGAUGAAACAGACACACCAGCCCCCACCUCUCCCCCAGUUUCUCCCAUCAACUCUAGGAAGCAUCGUGCAGGUGUGGACAUUCAUUCAUGUUCCCAAUUUCUCCUGGAGCUCUACAGCCAGUGGCUUAUCCCUGGUUCCCCAAGUAACAGGAGGACCCCAACCAUACUCAUCAGUGAAGUGGUCCGAUCGCUGCUGGCAGUGUCAGACCUCUUCACUGAGAGGAACCAGUUUGACAUGAUGUUUUCUACCCUGAUGGAACUGCACAAGCUCCAUCCUCCAGAAGAUGAGAUUCUUAAUCAGUACCUGGUGCCUGCCAUCUGUAAGGCUGCUGCUGUACUGGGCAUGGACAAAGCAAUAGCUGAGCCUGUGUGCCGACUGUUGGAAUUAACCUUGCGUAGCACCCACCUGCCAAGCCGUAUGGGGGCACUGCAUGGAGUGCUGUAUGUGUUGGAGUGUGACUUGUUGGAUGACACAGCCAAACAGCUUAUCCCAGCUGUCUCUGAUUAUCUGCUGUCAAAUCUCAGGGCUAUUGCACACUGUGUGAACCUACACAACCAGCAGCAUGUGCUGGUAAUGUGCGCAGUGGCUUUUUACAUGAUGGAGAACUACCCUCUGGAUGUUGGAGCUGAGUUUAUGGCUGGAGUUAUACAGUUGUGUAGUGUGAUGGUGUCAGCUAGCGAAGACUCCACUCCCUCAGUUAUCUAUCACUGUGUGCUUCGUGGUCUGGAGCGACUUCUGCUAUCAGAGCAACUAUCACGUGUGGAUGGAGAAGCACUGGUCAAACUAAGUGUGGACCGAGUCAACAUGCCUUCACCACACAGAGCCAUGGCUGCGCUGGGCCUCAUGCUUACCUGCAUGUACACUGCGGUGCUUGCGUCAGGUUCAGACGUGACAGGGGUUAGAGGUCAGGGUGACUCUGGCUCUGCCGUAGCAGAGGCGAUGGGCAUCACGUCGGGUCAUGUUGGUUUCUCCUUAGGAAAGGAAAAAGCGAGCCCUGCCAGUCGCCCCACCCACUCUGACCCUCAGGCCCCAGACAACGAAUCCAUCAUCGUUGCCAUGGAGAGGGUCUCAGUGCUCUUUGACAGGAUCCGGAAAGGAUUACCAAGUGAGGCUCGGGUGGUGUCAAGGAUUUUGCCUCAGUUUUUGGAUGACUUCUUCCCACCACAGGAUGUCAUGAACAAGGUCAUUGGAGAGUUCUUAUCCAAUCAACAACCUUACCCACAGUUCAUGGCCACUGUUGUCUACAAGGUUUUCCAGACUCUUCAUGCCACUGGCCAGUCUUCUAUGGUACGAGACUGGGUGCUGCUGUCCUUGUCCAACUUCACUCAGAGGACACCAGUGGCCAUGGCCAUGUGGAGUCUUUCUUGUUUCUUUGUCUCUGCUUCUACCUCCCAGUGGAUUUCAGCUCUAUUGCCACAUGUGAUCAGUAGAAUGGGUUCCAGUGAGGUGGUCGAUGUCAACCUGUUUUGUCUGGUAGCAAUGGAUUUCUACCGGCACCAGAUUGAUGAGGAGCUUGACCGCAGGGCUUUCCACUCUGUCUUUGAGACUGUGGCAUCACCAGGCAGUCCAUAUUAUCAGCUGCUGGGCUGCCUGGAGUCAAUCCACCAUGACACAACGCUCUGAGUGCAACAGAUUGAGAUGGUGUUAAAAGCACAGAGAGUGGUAGAAAUGGGUUGAAAAGAGGAUUCAGAGUUAUAUGAGGUAGAAAGGAAAAGGAAGUUCCCAUUGUGAGUUAUGGUCAAAGCAAAGAUUUUUUUUUAUUUAAGAAAAAUCUGGUACUCUCACCCCUUUCCCUACUAUAACAAAGACGUGAAUGAGUUGAACUAUGGUAGUCACCAAAAUGAGUUUGGUGGAGUGACCAUAAGGAAACACAAAAGGUGAUUCCUGAAUCAGGGUCAGUUUUUUAUGUGAAGGACACAGGCUCUAAACAGCGGUCCUUCCUACAUACCCCCACUGACCAUUCCUUGAAUGACAACCCACUUUUCUUACACAGCAAUUUGAUUGACAUCAAAAACUAAAAAUACACACAAAACUGAAUUUAUUUUUAGUAAUGGCUUCAGUAUUGUGAUUUCAUGUAGGUAAGACAGAGGAAACAAAUCAGAAAAUAAAAAUUAUUCACCAUAUUAUAGUUACCAAAGUGCUGCUGUUUUCACUGUUAUCUAAGAAAGUUAAUUUUGACAGUAGGCUGACAUGAGAACCACAAAUGUCUGCUUAAGAUGGUUUGGUCAGACACAAAAAAAUUAAUAGUAAAUAUUGUUUCAGAACAAUCAGUUACAGUCAUAUUAUUAUUUUUUUCUUUCCAAGAAGCAGGGGAUGGAUGAUGAAAUUUUACUUGUCACAGCACAAACUUAUUUGUAUACAUCCAUUUCAAUGAAUGGCUACAAUUUCUGUUUGUUCUGUAGCCAGCUAUGAAUGUUGUUUUGAGAGGCAGAGACCAGGAUGGACACUUACUUGGAACUAUACAGAUAAGUCUUGUAUUUUACAUUUGGUUACAACUGUUUAAGCUCCCAUAUACCAACACUUUAGAGGGUUCGUCUUCACUUUAUUAAUCCAGUAACGGGGGAGAGAGCAUUUCUCUUUGUGACUUUAUCACAUUACUUAUAUGCCAAGUCAUUUUAUUUUAAUCAUAUUCAAGUCUUGUAAGCCAUCCAGUGUACCUGGACUAUUCCACCAGUUUCUUGUACUUUUUAAUUCUCAGGAUGUAAGAAGUGAUUUAGUUGCUGUAACAAAGCUGUAAGUAAUUUGCAGUCAAUCUUUAAAAUGAAGUUAUCUUCAUAUUUUGUAAAAAGUAAUUGUAUAGUAAUAUAAAAGCCAUUGUGCAUGAUAAAAUAAGAACUGUGUAAAGAAGAAAGAUCUUAAAAUAGAUGGUAUAUAAUGUGGUGUUUCAUUUUCUGUCUUAACACAAAAACAACACAUAAUGAUAAAUGAACAAAACAGUAAAUAAGCAGAAUGCUGAAAUGGACAGGCUUAUAGCAUUUUAAGGAAGACUUGACCUUGAGUUGCCUGGGAGUGUGCCAGGUGUUGUUACCCUGUACAUAUUUACUUGCCUUAGAUAAAGACUGAAUAUAUGUAUGUCCUGUACACUAAAACCUUGCAAGCAUGCUAUGUAUCACUGCAAUUGCAUAGUCUUUAAUAUUGUAAGUAUUUCUGUGGGCAUGGUUGCUAUGACCAUUGUGCAGAGGAGAUGCAACACAAUCCAAAGGGAGCCUUGUGACCUUAGCAACCAACAGCAGCUUUGACAAAUCAACAGAUAAAGAAGUGUAGCAUGGGGACUGCAUGUCAACUAAUGGAGAUUUUUUUUAUUUGUAGCUUUAGUUUUUUUUUCUCUAUAAUAGAUUUUUAAUAUUUCAUCACUCAUUGUCAUUGUGCAGAAUUUCUAAAUACACCCCAGCACUUAAAAACUUU